CCGCUCGCUCACUGUCUGCUGUUCAGUCGCAUUUCGCACUGCGUGUUUUAGGCGUGCCAUUGCGCUUCAGACUGGAGGCAGUGGCGUACACGCGGGAUGAGUCCGCUCCGCUCCGCUCUCCUCCCAUACUCCUCUCCGGGAUUUGGCGGCUUCCUUCCCGGCCGUGUGUGCGUGCGUAAGCGUGUGUGUGGCUCCUGUUGUUUACAGCGUUGACUCCGUUCGGUAGAGACGGGCAGACAGUAAGGGGUUUGCGAGAAGGCUGCUGGAGAGUAAUGCUGGAAAAAGAAAAGAAAGCAAUAGAGAGAAAACUAAGGUAGAAGAACGACAAGAAAUUAUCGAGACGUGAGGAAGCACUCCACACAGGAGAAGUUCGCUUUGUAUCCACAUCUGUGAGCAGAGAGGGGAGAAGAAAAACCCCAUACAGUAACUCCAACCCUCCAGCAAGUCAAUUCCCAGUUAACGUGGAGGGCCACAGAGGGAGAAAAGGAGAGAGAAAGGAGAUACAGAAUCGUUAACUGCGACGGAGAACGAAUAUAACAGAGAGCGCAGCGUCCGCUUGAAGCAAACAGGGAUGCAGCUGGCGAAACGUUUUCGUUCCGGUGGAUCGUUUGGAAAGCGCAUUGCUGGCUGAAGAGAGGAGGAGAGAGAGAGAGAGAGAGAGGGAGAGGGGGGGUGACGAACGGAAGAGUUGCAUUUUCAUUCAUUAAUCCGUUCUCCUUUUUUGUUCGAGGGGAGAGCGAGGGAGGGGGAGCGUAUCCGCAAGAGAAGAAAAACGUGGAUUUAGUAAAAAAAAAAAAAAAAGCCGGAGCGUGUCUUCCACAUUUGCUGCUCGCACACCCUUUUUCACUCGCGACUGUUUGAAGAGAUUUUCGUUUUUUUUUUGGUGGGGGGUGUGUGAAAACAGUAUCUGGAAUUUAGGUGUUUUUUUUCUUUGGCACCCUCCUCCACACUCGACUCUCAAGACAUGGAGGUUGAAGACACUGACUAUUCCCGGGAGCAGUUUCCACGCCGCUGCUCGUGUCGUGCGUUAGCCAGCAUCGCAUCUUUGUAUCGUUGGCAAGCCUAACACAGCUAGUACGAUUAUACAUUAAUACAGGGGAAUAUUUACUCUUUAUUUGUGUGUGGCUUGUUUUAUCCUCAGAGGGAGUGCUGGAAUAUCAUUCCCGACGACCUCUGAUUGCACACUUUGUUCAACAAAAAGUAACAGAACAGAAUCUAAACAAUUACCUCUCAUUAGCGGAUUUAAGUUUUUUUUUUUCUUCUUUUUUUUCCCAGGCCAUCGGGCUCUUAAGGAAUAUACGCCUUUUGUUUUUUUUUCCUUUUUCUUACAUAUAUUUGCUCCCUUCCUAACGUUUUUUGGUGUAUUUACUUUCCGUCAAGAAGUCCUUGGGCAGGUUGGGGGGGGGGGGAUUUGGUGAAGAUUUUCCCCCCACCAAUUUAAUUAGGGAUUAACGAACAGGAAUGAGGUCUGGGUUAGAGAAGAAAUCCAUGACCUUGUUGUGGGGUCUUCUGCUGUUAGUCUCCAUGAUUUGUCUGUGGCCGGCCAACGGAGAAAUUUGUGGCCCAGACAUUGACAUUCGCAAUGACAUCCAUGAGCUGAAGAAGCUGGAGAACUGCACAGUGAUUGAGGGUUACCUUCAGAUCCUGCUCAUCUCUCAUGUCAAGGCGGAGGACUUCCGUAACCUGCGCUUCCCCAAGCUGACACUCAUUACUGACUACCUGCUGCUGUUCAGAGUUUCUGGUUUGGAAAGCCUGCGUGACCUGUUUCCCAAUCUGACUGUGAUCCGUGGCCGCAGCCUCUUUUACAACUAUGCUCUUGUCAUCUUUGAGAUGACUAACUUGAAGGACAUUGGCCUGUUCAACCUGCGCAACAUCACACGAGGUUCAAUCCGAAUUGAGAAAAACCCUGAUCUCUGCUACCUGGACUCUGUGGACUGGUCUCUCAUCCUGGAUGCUGACUAUAAUAAUUUCAUCUCUGGGAACAAGCAGUCAAAAGAGUGUGGGGAUGUUUGUCCUGGAAUCAUGGAAGAAAACCCUCUCUGCUUCAAGACUAGCAUUAAUGAUGUCUACAACUACCGGUGCUGGACUUCAAACCACUGCCAGAAAGUGUGUCCAAGUGAAUGUGGAAGGCGUGCCUGUACUGAUUCCAAUGAGUGUUGCCACCCAGAAUGCCUUGGUAGCUGCAUGAUGCCUGACAAUGACACUGCCUGCAUGGCCUGCCUCCAUUAUUACCAUGAGGGUCGCUGCGUUCCUACCUGCCCACCAGACACAUACCGUUUUUAUGGCUGGCGCUGUGUCAGCAAAGAGUUCUGCUCCAAGGUGCCUGCUUCCAUGCCCAAUGAGUUUGAAAUGUUUGUUAUCCACAAUGGAGAAUGUGUGCAAGAAUGCCCUUCCGGGUUUAUGCGUAAUGAGAGCCAAAGCAUGUUCUGCAGCCCAUGUGAUGGGCCAUGCCACAAAAUCUGCUUUGGAGAAAAGGCAAUAGAUUCUGUCACAGCUGCCCAGUCCAUGGAAGGCUGCACAUUUGUCAAAGGACAUCUGACUAUUAAUAUUCGCAGAGGAAAUAACAUUGCUGCAGAACUGGAAGCUUUCAUGGGUCUGAUAGAAACUGUCACUGGCUACGUAUCAAUUCGUCAUUCACACGCACUCUCGUCCCUUUCAUUUUUGAAGAAUUUACGUUAUAUUAAUGGAGAACAGCAGCUUGAAGGAAAUUACUCUUUUUAUGUUUGGGACAACCAAAACCUUCAACAACUCUGGGACUGGAAGCACCAUGUCUUAACUAUCAAAGAAGGAAAACUCUACUUUUCUUCUAACCCUAAGCUGUGCCUGUCUGAGAUUUAUACCAUGCAGAAAGUGACUGGGCGUCAGGGGGCAGGAGACAUCAACACACAUACGAAUGGAGCAAGAGCUUCUUGUGAGAGCCAUAUUCUCAAGUUCAAGACUAUUACGACCUUCAAGAACAGAAUCAUACUAACCUGGGAGCGAUACCGACCCCUUGAUUAUAGAGACUUGAUCAGCUUUAUAGUGUACUUUAAGGAAGCACCCUUUAAAAACAUUACAGAUUAUGAUGGUCAGGAUGGCUGUGGAACAAACAGCUGGAAUAUGGUGGAUGUGGAUUUGCCCAAGGAAAAGAACAAGGAUCCUGGCAUUCUGCUAAGUGGUCUCACUCCCUGGACUCAGUAUGCAAUAUUUGUCAAGGCAGUCACCCUGACUGAUUUACAUAUCUAUGGAGCAAAGAGUGAAGUGAUUUAUGUUCGCACUAGUGCAGCAGUGCCUUCAAUUCCUUUAGAUGUACGAUCCUAUUCCAACUCUUCAUCAAAGCUGCUAGUGAAGUGGUCUCCCCCAACUCAUCCUAAUGGAAACUUAACCUACUACUUCAUGCGUUGGCAGCAGCAGCCAGAGGACAAGGACCUUUAUCUUCACAACUACUGUUCUAAGGAACUGAAAACGCCUGUUAGGAUACCUGCAAAUGGGGCUAUUGAUGCUGAAGAGGAUUUGAAGCCUACCAAGUCAGACACACAAACAGGGGACAAGGGCUCCUGUUGCCCUUGUCCUAAAACAGUGGCAGAGAUUGAAAAAGAAGCAGAGGAUGCCUCCUAUCGCAAAGCCUUUGAGAACUUCCUACACAACUCAAUUUUUGUGCCCAGGCCACCUGACCGUCGACGGAGGGACUUAUUCGCAGUGACCAAUGCAAGCAUGCUUCACAGUAUGGAUGGUAACACAACAUUACAAGAUCUGGGCAGCAACUCUACUGAUACAGAAUUCAGAGAUCGUGAGUACCCAGUUUAUGAGGCCAAGGUUGAUGGAAAGGAGUCAACAGAAAUUUCACAUCUGCAGCCAUUCACUGUGUACCGCAUCGAUAUCCAUGCAUGUAACCAUGAUGCAGAACGGGGCUGCAGUGCUGCCAACUUUGUCUACGCAAGAACCAAACCAGCAGACAAAGCAGAUGACAUUCCUGGACUUGUAAAUUGGGCAGCCGGAGAAGAUAAUAGUGUUUACCUCAGGUGGGAUGAGCCCGUCAAUCCUAAUGGACUCAUCUUAAUGUAUGAGGUUAAAUAUCGGCAAAACUCAGAGGAGAAAAUUGAGUGUAUUUCUAGGCGACACUACAGAGAUCAUAAGGGGGCCAAGCUUACAAAUCUGGGACCAGGAAACUACUCUGCUAGGGUUCGGGCUACCUCCCUAGCUGGAAAUGGAUCUUGGACUGAUUUUGUAGCCUUCUAUGUACAGUCAAAACCACCAGAGUAUGAAAACAUUCUGUAUCUUGUAAUCAUCCUUCCUAUUGUGCUGUCUAUAUUUGCUGGAGUUAUCAUUGCUCUGUGCAUCUUUAAUCGAAAACGAAACAGUGACAGACUUGGUAAUGGAGUAUUAUAUGCCUCAGUCAAUCCAGAGUACUUCAGUGCAACUGAAAUGUAUGUACCUGAUGAAUGGGAGGUUCCAAGAGAAAAGAUCACCAUGUGUCGAGAGCUUGGACAAGGAUCUUUUGGAAUGGUGUAUGAGGGCAUAGCUAAGGGUGUGGUAAGGGAUGAGCCAGAAACCCGAGUGGCCAUUAAGACUGUCAAUGAGACCGCCAGCAUGAGAGAACGAAUUGAGUUCCUCAAUGAAGCCUCUGUCAUGAAGGAGUUUAACUGCCAUCAUGUUGUGCGCUUACUUGGCGUGGUGUCCCAGGGCCAGCCAACACUGGUGAUUAUGGAGCUUAUGACUCGUGGAGACCUCAAAAGCCACUUGAGAUCACUUCGUUCUGAUACAAAGGACAGCACUGGCUUGUCCCUGCCUUCAUUAAAGAAAAUGAUUCAAAUGGCAGGGGAGAUUGCAGAUGGCAUGGCCUACCUCAAUGCCAAUAAAUUUGUACACAGAGAUCUUGCGGCUAGGAACUGCAUGGUAGCAGAAGAUUUUACUGUGAAAAUUGGAGAUUUUGGCAUGACAAGGGAUAUCUAUGAAACGGAUUACUACCGCAAAGGAGGAAAGGGCUUGUUGCCAGUACGAUGGAUGUCCCCAGAGUCACUCAAAGAUGGAGUUUUUACAACCAACUCAGAUGUCUGGUCUUUUGGAGUGGUGUUAUGGGAGAUUGCUACUUUAGCAGAACAGCCUUACCAAGGGAUGUCCAAUGAACAAGUGCUACGCUUUGUAAUGGAUGGAGGGUUGCUGGACAAACCUGAAAAUUGUCCAGACAUGCUGUUUGAGCUUAUGCGCAUGUGCUGGCUUUACAACCCCAAGAUGAGACCCUCUUUUCUGGAGAUAAUCAAUAGUAUCAAAGACGAGCUGGAGCCACAGUUCCGGGAGGUUUCCUUUUUCUACAGUGAUGAGAAUAAACCUCCAGACACUGAGGAGCUUGACCUAGAAGCAGAGAACAUGGAGAGUAUGCCAUUGGACCCUUCAUCCAGUCUGCAGCCUGUUAUACAGCCUUCACCACCACCACAGCCCCCUUCAGCCUCGGGAGCCACUGCCCCCUCCACCUCCCCUUCCUGCUCCUCUGGCGUUACACUUGACAAGCACUCGGGACACAAAGCUGCCAAUGGGCCAGUGGUGUUACUGCGGGCCAAUUUCGAUGAGACACAGCGGUAUGCGCAUAUGAAUGGGGGGCGCAAGAAUGAGCGCAGCUCACCUCUGCCCCAGUCAUCUGCCUGCUGAUUCUUUAUGAACCAACACCCCAACUACCAACCAUUUCCUUGGACAACUCCAGCAUUUUUCUCUGAAAGUUAGAGAAAAGCUGUUAUACAAAACCAAUCAGAAACAGUUAAGAGCCUACUGUACCUCAGUGGAUUUUUUUUUUCAUUUUUUAUUAUAAUUAUUGUUGUUGUUAUUAUUGUUAUUACUAUUAAAAUUAUUGGAUAAAAACCUGCCAUUGCUGCACAGAUGAAGAGAAAGGAAGGCAUCACACAUGACUGAACAUUUCUUUAUACAUGCGAAAAUUGUUCUUGUGGGUUUUUUGUUUGUUUUGUGUUUCCCCCCACAUUUGGUUCAUCCUUUUUGAAUAAUAAAUGGGAAAUGAAACAACUGUCGGAGACUCUUAAAGAGCCCAAGCAAUGUUUCCUAAAGCCCAGCGACUUUUUUUUUGUUUUUUGCAAAAACUUGUACAGAGAAAAAAAAUUCUGUACGUGUGUAUAUGUUUAUAUACACAUAUAAAACAUAUCUGCCAGCAAAUCCAACAGAAGGCACUUCUUCUUUUUUGUUUUGUGUUAUUUUAAUGGGUCGAAUGUGAGAGCGAGAGAAAUGCAAUGCUUUGAUUUUUGUACCUGCUGCUUACAGGACUUGACCCUCCCUACCCAGUUUUUUCUGUCUGCUGCUUCUCAUCUGUGCUUUCGGUCUCUCUCUCUCGUACUUUUUGGCUCCUGCUCAGAAUGGCUUCAUUUAUUAAUGGGGGUAAGGGUAGUAAAAAGAUUUUGUAUAUCUGUCUUUCCCUCAAAAACUAACUAAAAAAAACAACAGUCUUUCCAUAUCAGUUGUGGGUUUUGAAUAGGCAGUGGUCUGAGGUUAUGUCAUACGUUUUAAUAUUAUCACAUUUGCCAAAUUUGGCUUUUUUACCUCCCCUUUCUUGCUCUCUGCAAUUCCACUCCUUUUUCUUUUGUACUUGGUUUAGAAGAAACACAAAACAAAUCGCUAAAACACUCCAUGAACUUACACUGGCAAAACCUUUUUUUUUUUUUUUUUUUGUAUAAAUUCUGUUUGCAUUUCAGCGCUCACCAUAAAGGAUUUUGCCAAUUCCUCGCUCCCCUACCUCUGCCGCCCUCCUCCUUCUCCUCCUCCUCUGUCUGAGUGUUGACUUGUACGGUUCUACUGCACAGUUUCAGUUUGAUUUUUUUUUUUCAUAUUUUUUUUUUCCUGCUGUGAGACAAAUGGGACAGGACAGCAGUUUUAUCGGAGGACUUCUGCUACAUGGAAACAAAAUAAAGGACUUGGCACCAAAAAGAAAUGACAGAGCAGAAGAGCUUGAGAAACUAAGCAAACACAAGUACCUAGUAUGGAACAGCAAGGAAGUGAGAACACCGCACAUGUGCAGUUUGCAGCAAAGCGAGCCUGGCAGUCAAGUCCACCGUGUUCUAAUGACUUGUCAAUAGAGUCUCCUGGUUGAUAAAAAAUUUUGAACAUUUAUAACUUAAAAGGUCUUUCAGUUGUAUGUUAGACCGUGGAUCAUUUGCAUACACAUCAUUUUUUGUGUCACUUUUAUAACUUUUUUAUGGUUCAGAACUUCAUCUAUAUGUCUGUACAGAGAGAAGCUGCUAUUUCAUUCUUUCUCCUUUGUGGAUGUAAUCUAUGAAAACGUUCAGGUUUAAAUCUUUUCUCCUGGUUUCCACUAGAAUCCAUUUCUUAUGCUUUGUACUGUAGCAAAAAAAAAAAAAAAAAAAAAAAGUUUAGUUUUUAUCUAUUAUUGCAUUAGUUGUUUUUUCCCUCUUUGUCCUGAUAAAGGUUUUCUGUUUUUGCCACAAACUGUCCAUUGCCUUCAAAUUUUUUAAUCUGAUGCUUUUCCUGUUUUUAAUGAUUAUUUUAUUCUUUGUUAUUAUAGUUAUUAUUAUUAUGAUGAUUAUGAUUAUUAUUAUUGUUGUUUUCUUAUUGACACCUUAGCUCCAUGAGUGGGCGCCCGUUAUCGCUGCUGCUGUACUGGUUUAAACUCUGCUUGAGUUCUGGGGUCCCUGCUAUCCCAGUUAACCUUCCAGAGGCGCGAUUCAAACUCAGGUCAAAACAAUGGUUUUUACUAUUUUCUUAAUUUUGCAUUAUUGUCCUGUAUUAAUGCCAUUAUUCCCUACCCCUUGCCCUUCUCCUCUCCUAUUUGCUAUGUAUUGUGUGUGUGUGUGUGUGUGUGUGUGUGUGAGAGCGUGUGUCUGUGCGUCCGUGUGUGUAUACACACCUUGGGCCCCUUUCCAAAAGAUUUUAUUUUUUUAACUAAUAUUAUUAUUUGUAUUGGAUAUGAUAAUGAUACAGCCACAACUGGCAAAUUUGGACUGUUGUGUGGGUUUUAUUUUGAAGUUCCAUUGUUUUGUUUUAUUUUUUGACUAGUGAAGUCAUCCAUCUUGCAAAACACAGCACACUUCUUGGCUGCGUUCACAGUUUGGUUUCUUAUCACUAUGGCUGCGCCCAAAAUUCAUGCGUCACAAUUUCAUUAGACAUUCAACACAAAAUCGAUAAAAUGGACCUCUUGACACAAAGAUUAAAAAAAACAAAGAGACAGUAAUCUGCUGCACAUAUUUUGGUUUGGUUAUUUAUCAGCAGGUAAGGGGAAGGGGUUUGUUUUUUGUUUUUCUUUUUCUGGAUACAUUUCAAUAUACUGAUUGAAUAGUCUUGACUGGAGAUUCAUUUUGCUUUUUUUUAGUGUUUAUUUUCUUACAGAGGUUUUCUGUUUAGGAUUUGUAUUUAUUUUAUUUUUUUUUGUGAUAUCAGUUUAAAUCACUGUAUAAAGCCCCAUGAUGAAUUCUUGUUAUUACAGUAGUGUUUUAUUGUUUUUGGCAUUUCUUAGGUUGAGAUAAUUAGGGGACAGUUCUUUUUGUCAUUUUUUUUUGUUUGUACUUUUUCUAAAACAUUUAUCUACCUCACGCUUUCUUUGUUUAAUUAAUAUUAUGUAUAUAAAAAGACAAUACAUCUCGCUUUUUUGCCGCCUGAAAUAACAGUACUCCAGUUGACUGUAUCUGAGUAACAAUCUCAUUGACAUAACCUGCCGGCCGAGGGCUCGACUGGACCUUCACGUGCGCUCUGAUGGACCUAUUUACAAACUGCCUUUUGUUCACUUUCUUACACUCCUCAACCAAUUGCCACCCUGACAGGCAAAGGAACAAGAUGAUGGUGCCUUUUGUCGCUGUGCUGCUUGUUUUGCACAGGAUCAUGAGCAGGGGCAUCCAUCUGCUGGGAUUUUCUCUUGGAGAAGUUGUGACCGUUUUUUUUUUUUUCAGUGUAAUCCAGUUUGCUGUCCACUAGGAGAUGUCCCCUUCAUUCACUUCAUUCAGUCUCUUCAGAGUUUCACUAGUGCAGUCUUGUUGUGUUCAUUUAUUUGGCUGUGUUUUAAAAUGCAUCAAUAUCUUACAUAUUGCAUUCACUUCAUUAAUUUGUCCGUGACCAUCUUUAGAUGACCAUGCAUAUCCAGGUUCUCAAGUACUUUGUGUUUAUGCAGUUUGGAUCUGAGAGAUGUAACCGCUUGAAUGGACAGCUGGUGUCUCCCCAUUAACCAUUUGUUCUGCUCCACUGGAGUAAUUUCCACUGGAAACAGUCAAUGGCUUCUUACUUAUGAGCCAUUCAUAUUUUUUCCAUGCAUUUCCGUGAUGAGGAAUUUGUCGGUGUUCUUUGUUACUGUCUUGAGUUCAUACUGAGGGUCAUUAUAUUAUGGUUGAUCCUCCCAUUGCUGUGUCCUAGUGAAAUUUUGCUGGAGGUGCUGGUAUCUGUGGCAUUGAUGAGUCAUUUUUAGAAAGUACACCUUUUGGUUGAAGGAGUAAUGCAGUCGAAGAAUGAGGUCCUUGUUUGGUAUUAACCAAGAGGGGCACCUUAUAUGAAGGUCAUCACCACCAACAAAUGCCCCAUAUUUUCCUUAACCUUUUCAGCAUUAAGCCUGCUUUACGCCACUGUUGGUGUGCAUUUGGCUACUCAGCUGGUAGAGGGUCGUCUCCACAAUCUGACAGCGCCAGACUUUGAUUUCUCUACCUACUUGCUGGUGAAGUUUCACAUGCUUCUGCUGUGGUGCUUGUCUUGUAGUUUCUUGGCAGAGAAUUUGCAUGUUUUGUUGGAAGUGCAGAUGGUGGUCUGAAGGGAGCCUGAAAAUGUCUUGUUUGUGUUAAGUAGCUGGUCAGUCUUUGGGGUAAUUUUCAACUUUUUGUUAUACUGUAAAAUGAUGGGAGAUGGGAGUCGCUUAGCUAGGCUAAUCCAGCAGUCCUGAAUAAAGGCACUUAAAAAGUUUUAAGCAAGUAUGGGUCCAAGGGAUGAGAACUGAAACUGGAAAUGCAGACAUGGCUAGAAUGGUGGCGCCACACUUGUUCACAGGAAUGACUUUCAUGCAGAAUGUUUUAGGUAAGAGGAGAGGCUGGUUAUGAAUGGAACAAAGUUACAAACUGCCUGCCACGUGUGGCAAUCACAGGUGCAGAUAUUAAAGACCGUCCUCAUGAAUACACCGACAGUGCGCAAGUGGUUCUUAGCUUCUUGCGUCAAGGCUCCAGGCGCCUUCUAAGUGGUAGGUUCCAGUUUUAACACACACAUAUACACACCGGACAUCUGUGUCCAGUAGAUUACGGGUAGUCAGAUGACAGAAACAAGUCCAAGGUUUACAAAGCAGCUGUUGUGAUAUCAAUACAGAAAAAAAUCUCUCUGUUGUGCGUUUUAGGGACCUGAGAAACAGUUUGCUUUUCUUAUUUCUCCACCCAUAUGUUAAGACAUUUUCUGAUAAUCUCAGUGCAAGAAAAGAAUGAAGUUUAUUUAGAUUGUUGUUUAUUUUAUUUUUUUUUUUUGACUUCCAAAAACCACAUUGCAAUAACGGGCUUAAAGUAACAGUUAGAGCUUAGGUUCAAAGCCGCUGAUGGGUUUUCUUUUGUUAUUAAAUUGGCAUUCCUACAUGCUGAAAGAUGCCUUGAGAUGUUAAAGCUAGCAUUUUUCUCACCUUUCCUUUGUUUUUCUUUGUGUGUUUUUAUUUUUUAUUUUUUUGAAAAGUCCUGAGAAAUGUGUCACUACAGUUUCUAUAUUAAAUUAAAAAGGCUACGAUUUAAAGUUUCAUUACAGUUCUGUAUCUAAGGUGUCCUGGUUUUCUCUCAAUAAAGAAACCCUUUAUUUA